UAUAUAAUUUAUUUUAUUGGUUAAAUAAAAAACAUGCCAUAGACACAUAAGUACAUAAUAAUUUGUCAUUCCUUGUUCCUGAUCAAGCCGUUACCCAUCCCAGUUUAGACUUGUUAGAAGAGGUUCUUUCGCAUCAAAAUCAAAUUGCAGAAGAGAAAGCUUGAAGGAAUCAUGAAGGUAGCUUCAAAGAUAAUAUUCCUGUUCAAUGACACAGACGGAUUUGCUACCGCCAUUUCUACUGCUCUUUACCCAAACCCUAACUCCUUUGUUCGUAGAUUAGAAGAAUCGUUCGAGCUAUCAUUGGCCCGAUUCGGAGUACAAGAUCUUAAAGCAAAAGGACAUUUGAUUAAUUUCAUUGACAGUGGUGGCGAUCCUCAGGUGUCAGUGUUGCUUCUUGAGAAGUAUGAGCCGCCGACUUUAGUGUGUGCUGUAAGUGAAGUUUUGACUCAAAUAAUAGGGGAAGGAUCAUCAGGCCUACUGACACUUAUAAUUCCACUUAUUGGCACAUCAUCAAAACUUAAAUGGGAGAGCAGAAGCUUAACAGCAAAUGAUGGCAAAGUUUCACUUUAUGGUGUGCAAAUAGGUCCAGAAACGGAUAUAACUCAGGCCAUUGCUUCUAGAACCCAAAAGCCACAAUCCAAUGUAAAGGUCCAUUACGAACCUUUGGCCUGCUUUCUUCAGUUGGUACGCGUCUUGAAAUUGCCAACUUCAGUUCUUAUUGGGCAAAGAAAUCGAACCCUUUCAGAUAAGGCCGCUGAAGAAGAACUUGAGAUACUCUACGAGUUAGGAGAGCUUUUGGCGAACACUGUUGGCUUGUGCUUUUUGAGGGAGAAAAUCAUGUGGAAUCCUGGGAACAUAUCAAAGGACAUUAAGGAGCCAUGGCGUGCAUUGUAUGGUUGAAUCUCGUUGUUCCUUUAUUUUUACAAGUGGAGAUGUUUUUCCUAUAAUUUGCUGCAUCUGAUUGAAAAAAAAAUGUGGAUUUGAAUCAUCUCUGCUGUGAAAAUUUAUGAACACAGCACAACCUUAAAUGCAGUGAAUUUAACAAGAUGUUCUGCAUGUUAAAGUGCUUCUGAUCUUUGUGCUAUGUAGGAGGGAAUUUGAUAUGGUUGAAUCCAAGGGUGUGUUCUUCUGUGGA